AUGCCUGGAGGACGAGGGGCGAAGAAGAGUGGACGCGAUGACGGAGGACGCGGUGAGGCGUCACGUCAGUCGCGUCGUGUUCAAGGUAUUGAGCCUGAGGAGCACAAGGACCUGGAAACAGUCGUCCACGACCCUCGGAAGGCGAAGAAGGCUGCUCGCGAGAGCGAGGCAGUGCAAGGUGUGGACGGGGAGGCAUCUGCCGUUCAAGAUCAGCCUGCUGCUGGAUCGCAAACUCAGGAGGAAGAGGUUUCCCCUGAGUUCCAAGGUUCGACGGAAAUGAAUUCUGGGUCGCGGAUUCCUGAAGUCCCAGAGGAGCACACCCGCGAGCGUGGUGCUCAGGCGUCUGAGGGAGGCGCCAAUGCGGUUGAGCCCCCGGAGGUGAUUGACUUGGUCUCAUCUUCGGACGAGUCCGUUGUGGAAGUGAAGCCGGAGCCCGUGCGAGCGAAGUAG